CUGAGAGAAAUGUCUGGUCGUGGAAAGGGAGGAAAGGGACUAGGAAAAGGAGGCGCUAAGCGUCACCGGAAAGUGCUUCGUGAUAACAUCCAGGGAAUCACCAAGCCCGCUAUCCGCCGUCUAGCUCGCCGUGGUGGAGUUAAGCGUAUCUCCGGUCUUAUUUACGAGGAGACCCGUGGUGUUCUCAAGGUUUUUCUGGAGAAUGUUAUUCGUGAUGCCGUCACUUACACCGAGCAUGCCAAGAGGAAGACCGUAACUGCCAUGGAUGUGGUCUACGCUCUCAAGAGGCAGGGCCGAACUCUCUACGGCCCAAAACGGCGCCCAAGAAGGCCAGAAGAAAGCCCUGUCCAAGUCUGCAGAAAGAGGAGGAACAGGAGCAGGAAGGAGAGCUACGCCAUCUCCGUCUACAAAGUGCUGAAGCAGGUCCACCCCGACACCGGGAUCUCCUCCAAGGCUAUGAGCAUCAAGAAAUCCUUCGUGAACGACAUCUUUGAGCGCAUCGUCGCCGAGGCCUCCCGCCUGGCUCACUACAACAAACGCUCCACCAUCACCACCAGGGAGAUCCAGACCGCUGUACGCCUGCUGCUGCCUGGUGAGCUGGCCAAGCACGCCGUUUCUGAGGGCACCAAGGCCGAAAGUGAAACAUUUGUCGAAAUGGCAAGAACCAAGCAGACCGCUCGUAAAUCCACCGGAGGAAAGGCUCCAAGGAAGCAGCUGGCCACCAAGGCUGCCCGUAAGAGCGCUCCAGCCACCGGCGGAGUCAAGAAGCCUCAUCGUUACAGGCCCGGUACUGUGGCUCUCCGUGAGAUCCGUCGGUAUCAGAAAUCCACUGAGCUGCUCAUCCGCAAGCUUCCUUUCCAGCGCCUGGUCAGAGAGAUCGCCCAGGACUUCAAGACCGACCUGCGCUUCCAGAGCUCUGCUGUCAUGGCUCUGCAGGAGGCUAGCGAAGCUUACCUGGUGGGGCUCUUCGAGGACACUAACCUGUGCGCCAUCCACGCCAAGAGAGUCACCAUCAUGCCUAAAGACAUCCAGCUGGCUCGCCGCAUCCGUGGAGAGAGAUGUAAUGGCUUGACCAGCUGGGAACCACUGGCCCAGACCAUGGGAGGGGCAACUGAUGCUCUGUGGGGCUGCCACGGCCACUGUCUUGAAGACCUGCGGAAGUGUCUUAAACUCAACAUGUCUGGUAGAGGAGGAAAGUCCGGAAAAUCUCGCGCUAAGGCCAAGAGCCGUUCGUCCCGUGCCGGGCUGCAGUUCCCCGUCGGCCGUGUUCACAGGCUGUUGAGGAAGGGAAUCUAUGCUGAGCGAAUCGGUGCUGGAGCUCCCGUCUACCUGGCUGCUGUUCUCGAGUACCUGACCGCUGAGAUUCUCGAGCUGGCAGGAAACGCUGCCCGCGACAACAAGAAGACCAGGAUCAUCCCCCGUCACCUUCAGCUGGCUGUCCGCAACGACGAGGAGCUCAACAAGCUGCUGGGAAAAGUCACCAUUGCUCAGGGAGGCGUUCUGCCAAACAUCCAGGCUGUUCUGCUGCCAAAGAAGACUGAAAAGACCGGCAAGACCAAAGCAGCAGCUCAGAUUCGGAAGAAGCUUGAACAUAGUAAAAUGUCUGGUCGUGGAAAGGGAGGAAAGGGACUUGGAAAAGGAGGCGCUAAGCGUCACCGGAAAGUGCUCCGUGAUAAUAUCCAGGGAAUCACCAAGCCCGCUAUCCGCCGUCUGGCUCGCCGUGGUGGAGUCAAGCGUAUCUCCGGCCUCAUCUACGAGGAGACCCGUGGUGUUCUCAAGGUCUUUCUGGAAAACGUUAUCCGUGAUGCUGUCACUUACACCGAGCAUGCCAAGAGGAAGACCGUUACCGCCAUGGACGUGGUCUACGCUCUCAAGAGACAGGGCCGCACUCUCUACGGAUUCGGCGGUUAAACUCCAUAAUCUCACCUGAAAAACAACACAACGGCUCUGUUAAGAGCCACCCAUUUCUACUAAAGAGUCACUUUCCAUCGAUUUAAUGAAACUCACUCCGAUGUGAGUUGCAUAUUGAGACCGAAAUUGUCAUGUCCUAGAUACAAGAAACAAACAUGUUUGGACUUCAUUAUGCUGAAAUGGAUUAUAAUACAGCUGUGUAAUUAAUCAAUUUGUAAAUGCCACUACCUGUCCGUUUAUACAAUCCCAUACGAAGCUGUUUUUUUUUUGUUUUAAGAAAUACUACAAUGUUUAUGGGUAUUGGCUGAAAUGGCCCUGUAAAUGCAUGCAAUGGGCUGUGGCCCUUUCCCUUUGUAGCUGAUGGUGCGGGAGUUUGUUUAAGUUGCUAUAGCAACAGAAAAGGUUAAAAUGAUUUACAUGGUUGCAGGGUGGGUUUAUUUUUGUAUUCAGUCAUAAAAUGCCUGCUUUGUCAAUGUUGAUAAAAAUUAGUCAAUUUAUAAUUUUAUUUACUAUCUUGUCCGAAAUGUUCGUCUUGUUAAUAGAGUUUGUCGAGGGUGACGUGAUUGUGUGACUGGAAGCUAGCUACUGGGAAGCGUAGACAUAAUAUACAUAGACGCCUCAUUGGCCAGUGGGACGUAUGUCAUCGCCGCCACCAUCUUGCCAGAGGUAUUCCAUGUUAUAUACAAACGACUCAAAAAGACCACUUAAAUGUAAACUCCUGUUUUUAAUCACAAAACCCUUCAUCCCUCAUUGACUUACAUUGUUUAUGGAACGGUCUUUCCUCUGGUAAUAUGGCAGACACGUUGACGUGUAGCAGCAGCAGGCAAACACAGUCAAUGAGGCGUCUACGUCUAUUAUGUCUAUGCUUGGAAGGACUCAGAGAGAGAGAUUUGCAGGUUUCGGCAUGGAAAAAGUAAACACCCCCUGUCCUUAUUUGUUCCCCCUGUUUGUCAUCAGGCGAACACGGUAAAUGUUAUUGUAUUGCUUAUAAGUUGUGAAGUGUUAUGUAUGUCAGACUUUGUAUGAUGUGUUAUUGUUUCAAACUGUAAAUUGUCUUAUGUUUUCAAUUUUCAUUAUGCUCCACACAUGCCAACUCUUCUGUAAAGAUUAAACCUUGAAGUGGACAUCA